UAACACAUAGAAAAAAGAAAAACUGAACUGAUUAAUUGACUUUUUGCUGAUACUAGAAAUCCAAACGCAUGGAUACAGAAGUGGCUGCCAACAGGACACAAGUUGUAGCUGACAUACAUCCCUGCUAUGUAAUAGAGAACUUGAAUUAUGUGUUGACAAAAACGCCUUCUGUUAUAUGUGUAUUAUUAUAUAUCUUCCUUGUUUUACUGGCAUUCAUUACGAUUUGUGGAAACCUCCUUGUGAUAAUCUCCAUCAUUUACUUCAGACAGCUGCACACGACUACAAACUCCCUCAUCCUCUCUCUGGCUGUGGCCGACCUGCUUGUCGGGAUUGUUGUCUUUCCUUUCAGCAUGGCCUUCUCCCUCAGCUCGUGUCUGUACCAUGAAGACUUAUUUUGCAAAGUGCGGGGCAGUUGUGAUAUAACCCUGAGCACAUGCUCCAUUCUGAACUUGUGCUGCAUUUCUAUUGACAGAUACUAUGCAGUAUGUCAGCCUCUGACAUACAGAACUAAAAUAAACCAUCAUGCUGUUGCGAUCAUGAUCCUGCUGAGCUGGGGUGUUUCUGUGCUGAUUGGGAUUGGUGUGAUGACUGCUGGGUUAAACAGUGAAGAAUGUAGGGACAGCUGUUUAAUGGAUGCCGUUAUUGCAAACGUUAUUGGGGCUAUUUUAUCAUUUUACCUCCCAGUGAUUGUAAUGCUCUGCAUCUACCUGAAGAUUUUCAUAGUUGCACAGAGACAGGCUCGCAGCAUCCACAACACAAUCAGCCAGAGCACAAAGUCUGGAGCAACAGUCAGCAAGAUGGAGAGAAAGGCCACCAAGACUCUGGCUAUAGUCUUGGGAGUUUUUCUUCUGUGCUGGUUGCCUUUCUUUCUUUGGAUCACCUUCCAGCCUGCUGCAAACAAUGCAGCCCCGGUCCCUGUGAUUGAGACACUUAACUGGCUCGCACUGUCAAAUUCAAUGCUGAAUCCAUUCAUUUAUGCUUUCUUUUACAGCUGGUUCAGAUCAGCUAUCAGAAUGAUUAUCUCUGGGAAAAUAUUUCAAGGUGAUUUUGCCAACUCUAAAUUGUUUUGACCUCUCAGGUCUCUCUUGGAAAAUGGGUUUUUAACCACAAGACUUGCUCCCUAUACAUGGAAGAUAUUAUACAAUGUUAUAUAAUAAAUUGUGAUGAAAAACUAGAAAAACUAAGAAAACAUCAACAUAAUCCUCACACAAUAAAUAUGACUGUAUUUGUAAAAGAAAAUGUCAAGGUGUUCCCGCAUAACUACAUUAAUACAUAACUUUGUAUAUAUGUUUAUAGAAUAAUAAGCUGUAUAUAACACUAAGGGACUGUGAGUGUUGAUUGUUGCACAUUAUUUACAAAAACAAAUGUUAAACUAGAUGAGAAGCCAAAGACGGCUCAUGUAGAUGCUUUCCAUGAAUAACAUGACAAUAGUAAAGAACAAUUUACCAUACAAUAAUCACAUUUUAAACUAUUAUAAUAAAGCCAUUGAAUAAAGUGAUGUUGGUAGUUUCA